GCCAAAACCCCUCCCCUCUUCCCCCCUGUUCCCGUGUCUCGAGUUCUCUCAAGACUCAUCACCAUUGAUCGGUAAGUUGAAAUUAGAUAAUUCUAGGAUCCUUUAAUCGAACCAGACUUAUUGAUAUUUGAUGUUUUUGUUGUAUGAUUGUCAGGUUCCAAUUUUCCAUAACACAUUACACAAGUAAAUUGGAUUUGGAAACUUAGGCGUCGUAUCCCGAGCUGUCUCAGCAAUCAACUGGUUUCUAAUUCUUACUGGCGGAUGGAAGUUUCUAAUACCUACCAACCAAUUAGUGAGUACCGCAACAACGUCUGAUUCUCUAGACUUUGGAAGUACAAUUAUGCAUAUGAUUGGAACCUACCUGCUUACAUCUGCUAACUGACAUGACCAACAGUUGACCUUAGUUACAGAAUAACAGACUUGUGUAAUGUAAACAUGUUGCUACUUUACAUGCCACUGUGCAACAUUGUAAUUCAUGGUACUAAUUUCUUUAGAUGGUCACCCAAUAAAGUGACGUCCACAUCAAUUUGGUUGAGAGAACACUACGGAAAGUUUUGGGAUUAUGCACAUGAAAUUAGGAGGCCAAUCCUGGAUUUACAGUCAAGAUGGAAGUCAAUUUAUCUCAUCUGUUGGGUUUUCUGGACUUUUCCCUUUUCUUUUUGAGAUGGAGAUAAGAGACAAACGAGAGAAAGGAGUAUGUAUCUCAUUCGUCUAGCUUGUUUGAUGAUGCAACAUUUGGAAGAAAAGUAUUUAGGGGCCAUUUGAUUCAUGCAGGCCUGAAGGGGAAUGAAAAUGAAAGUGACAAGGAAUGGAUUUUCAUUCCUCCCAGUUUAACCUGGACUGAAGAUUUAGGCUUGUGGGAGAAUUGACCCAUUAUAUUAUAUAAAACAAAACAGUUUCUUUUAUAUUCAAUCGCAUUAAUGACGGCUUAAUACCUCUAACCAAGCACUCCCUUAGUUUGAAGUAUUUGGCGGUAAUUGAUAUAGCAUCAUCCAUUGUAAUUAGUCAUAUGUGCGUAGACUAGUUGGUAUAUGUGGCGUUUGUAUAUACAUUUGUUUUGAAAUUAUCAUAUAUAUAAAUGCUUAGAAGUUAUAAAGUGGGCAUAACACGACUUUAUGAAUAGGUCUUGCCGACAUUUCGAUAGAAAUGCUAUAUUGAUUGUAGGGUGUUACAAAUCUCUUGAUGCUACAUUUUUUUUUAGUUCUGAUACAAAGUUGAUACCAUCUUUCUUCUUUUGUUGUAGGAGACAUAAAACAAGCAUAUGUUAAUUGUUAAUUUGCACCUUCUUCCUUCUUGGGUACUGAAACAUAGACUUGUUUUGUAGUUUGAGGCUUCAAGAGGACCACCUGGCUCCGCCCCUGGCCAUUUUCAUUUUCCUUAAACUCUAUAACUGAAACACUCCUUGGGUUUUUUCCGAUCAUGGGGGUCAUUGAAGACUCUGCUAUGUUGGACGCAAGUCUUCAAGGUAGUGAAGGGCUUGACAAGCAAUUCCUUGCUGCUCCAGUGAAGUCUGCUGUCGAUAAGUUCCAGUUACUUCCCGAGUUUCUCAAGGUCAGGGGUUUGGUGAAGCAACAUCUGGAAUCUUUCAAUUAUUUUGUUAAAACUGAAAUAAAGAAGAUUGUGCGAGCUAAUGACCUUGUGACAUCUAGAUAUGAUCCUAGCGUCUACCUGAGAUAUAAAGAUGUUUGGAUUGGAAAGCCUUCUGUAGUUGUUGAUGGUGUGACUGACUCACUAACCCCUCAAAAGUGUCGGCUAAGCGACAUGACGUAUGCGGCUCCAAUAUUUGUGAACAUUGAGUAUUGCAAUGGUAGUCAUGGUCAUAAUACCCAUCCACAAUUCAAGAAAGAUGUUGUUAUAGGAAGAAUGCCUAUCAUGUUAAGGAGCUCUUCUUGCGUCCUUUAUGGCAAGGACGAAGAUGAACUAGCAAAACUCGGUGAAUGCCCACUUGACCCAGGCGGAUAUUUUGUUGUGAAAGGAAAUGAAAAGGUGAUAUUAAUUCAAGAACAACUUUCAAAGAACAGGAUAAUUAUAGACACAGAUAAGAAGGGUUGCAUCCAGGCAUCUGUCAUGAGCAGCACAGAGAUGACAAAAAGUAAAACAAUUAUCAGAAUGGAGAAAGAGAAAGUGUAUUUGGUGUUGAAUGCAUUUACUUCCAAGGUUCCCAUUAUGUUGGUCAUGAAAGCUAUGGGUAUGGAAACUGAUCAGGAAGUUGUGCAGAUGCUUGGUAGAGAUCCUCAAUAUGCUACUUUGCUUUUGCCAUCUAUUGAGGAUUGUGCAAGUAUUGGUAUCUAUACACAGCUGCAAGCUUUGGAGUUCCUUGAAAAGAAGCGUAAAAAAUCAAUGUCGAGGUUUGGUAAGGAUGAAGGAGCUUUGGGUGUUCUUCGAGAUAUUUUUAUUCCGAAUAUUCGGGUGCGGGAAAACAAUUUUCAUUUGAAGUGCGUAUACGUUGUGGUGAUGUUGAGACGCAUGAUGGAUGCAAUUUUAAACAAGGAUGCAAUGGAUGACAAAGAUUAUAUAGGCAAUAAACGGCUGGAACUUUCGGGGCAAUUAUUAUCUCUACUAUUUGAGGACCUGUUCAAGUCAAUGAAUGACCAAGUAAAAUUUAAUGUAGAUAAGAUCCUAUCCAAGCCCAGUCGUUCUAGCAGGUUUGAUGUAUCUCAGCAUCUACUGAAAGAGAGUAUUACUGUUGGCUUGGAGCGGAGCCUUUCUACUGGAAAUUGGGAUGUUAGUCGGUUUAAGAUGCACAGGAAAGGCAUGACGCAGAUUGUUACAAGACUGUCCUUCAUUGGAGCAUUUGGCUCCAUGACAAAAAUUUCACCACAGUUUGAGAAGUCGAGGAAAGUCAGUGGACCUAGGGCCUUACAACCUAGCCAGUGGGGCAUGCUUUGCCCCUGUGACACUCCUGAAGGUGAAGCUUGUGGGUUGGUGAAAAAUCUGGCUCUAAUGACACAUGUUACAACAGAUGAAGAGGAAGGCCCAAUUAUCUCCUUGUGUACCUGCUUCGGUGUUGAAGACUUGUCAACACUUUCUGGAGAAGAACUCCAUUCACCAAGUUCAUAUCUCAUCAUAUUAAACGGGCUUAUCCUCGGCAAGCAUAGGAGGCCAGAGCGGUUUGCUAAUGUAAUGAGAAAGCUACGGAGGGCGGGCAAAGUAGGUGAUUUUGUAAGCAUCUAUGUCAAUGAGAAACAGCGUUGUGUUUAUAUUGCUUCAGAUGGUGGUCGUGUUUGUCGGCCACUUGUAAUUGCAGACAAUGGUGUAUCUAGAAUUAAGGAUCAUCACAUGAGAGAGUUGAAGGAUGGAGUUCGGAAUUUCGACAGUUUUCUACGGGAAGGCCUGAUAGAGUAUCUUGAUGUCAACGAAGAGAACAAUGCUUUGAUUGCUUUAUACGAAGGAGAGGCAACCCAUGAGACGACCCAUGUUGAAAUAGAACCUUUCACAAUCUUAGGUGCUUGUGCUGGACUGAUUCCUUUUCCUCAUCAUAACCAAUCCCCGAGAAAUACCUAUCAGUGUGCCAUGGGAAAGCAAGCAAUGGGUAAUAUUGCAUAUAAUCAGCUAUGUCGGAUGGAUACCUUGAUCUACCUUUUGGUUUAUCCUCAACGGCCGCUACUGACGACGAGAACAAUCGAGCUGGUUGGGUAUGAUAAACUUGGAGCUGGGCAAAAUGCUACUGUUGCAGUUAUGAGUUACAGUGGUUAUGACAUUGAGGAUGCCAUAGUUAUGAAUAAAUCAUCCUUGGAUCGCGGUUUUGGUCGCUGUAUCGUAAUGAAAAAGAUAUCAGCUGCUUAUCAGAAAUAUGACAAUACUAGUGAUCAGUUCUCAUCUCCUUGCAGAUCCCAGCACGAUCAGAUUCAGAUUCUGGACAAUGACGGACUUGCUUCUCCUGGUGAAAUAAUCAGACAUCAAGACGUUUAUUUCCAGAAAGAGUGUCCUAUAGAUCCAAAGGGUUCCAUGAAGUCACAUCCAUCGCAAACUCCAUAUAGAACAAGUAAACAAACCUACAAAGGUGCAGAAGGGGAGACGGCUGUUGUGGAUAGAGUGGCUUUGUGCUCUGAUAAGCGUAACAAUUUAAAUGUAAAGUUCAUGAUUCGUCAUACUCGAAGGCCUGAGGUUGGUGAUAAAUUUAGUAGUCGACAUGGCCAGAAAGGUGUUUGUGGGACCAUUGUCCAACAAGAAGAUUUUCCUUUCUCUGAACGUGGCAUUUGCCCAGAUUUGAUUAUGAAUCCUCAUGGGUUUCCAAGUCGAAUGACUGUUGGGAAGAUGAUAGAGCUUCUUGGUAGUAAGGCUGGUGUUUCAUGCGGGAGAUUUCAUUAUGGCAGUGCAUUUGGGGAACCUAGUGGUCAUGCAGACAAAGUUGAAGAUAUAAGUGAAACCCUUGUGAAGCAUGGCUUUUGCUACAAUGGGAAGGACUUCCUAUAUUCAGGUAUCACUGGUAUGCCACUACAAGCAUAUAUUUUCAUGGGGCCAAUAUACUACCAGAAGCUAAAGCACAUGGUCCUUGAUAAGAUGCAUGCUCGAGGCAUGGGCCCUCGCCAACUGAUAACAAGACAGCCCACAGAAGGGAGAAGCCGUAAUGGAGGGUUGCGAGUGGGGGAAAUGGAACGAGAUUGUUUGAUUGCUUAUGGAACGAGUAACCUGAUAUAUGAGCGCUUAAUGAUCUCUAGUGACCCUUUUGAGGUUCAGGUUUGUAGGAAAUGUGGCUUAUUAGGAUACAUAAAUUACAAGUCGAAAACUAGGGUAUGUUCCACAUGCAAGAAUGGAGAUAAUAUCUCAGCCAUGAAACUACCAUAUGCUUGCAAGCUUUUAUUUCAGGAACUCCAGUCAAUGAAUAUAGUUCCUCGUUUGAAGUUGGCUGAUUAAUGAUCUCCCUCUCUCUAUCUCUCUCUCUCUCUCUCUCUAUAUAUAUAUAUAUAUAUAUAUAUAUAACCACUAUUUGCUCGCAUUGGCUUUUGUUACCUUCAAGGAAACCUUAUUUUUGUACGGUUUCUGUUUGACUAAUUAAUUUUUGGUAGUGUUGAUUAAGAAAGACAACAUAUGCAUACCGGCAUCUAUCUCUAGACAUGAGGAAAUUAGGUUAACCGAAACUAGGCCCAGUCACUGAAACCGGAUUAUCCCAUUCCGGUUAUAAUUAGUUGUCAACUGAAAGUAUGGUAACUGAUUAUGAUAGA